UGAGAUUUUUUUCAAUCCAUCUGAUCCCUUGACUGAAAGUACAUUGUUAGUAUCAAGUGGGCAUGUGCUUUGCUCUGACAGUGACUCGAAUUUGGAUGCUUAUGUAUGGAUGGACCCGUCACAUAAAAAAAUUGAGUGACCAAAGAUAUGCCCAAGAUGCGACCAGAAGUGCUUCGAGGACUUUCCCUCGCGGCAGGGACACUACUGAUGAUACAUGGUGGAGCAAGCCUCAUCUUCAGCGUCUAUACUAACGCAGUGAAGACCAAAUAUCUGUAUACACAGUCCGAAAUGGCCGUCAUAACUGGAUUCGCGACGUUCGGGGCGUAUUUGGCUCUUCCUGGUGGCAUACUCACGGAAAAACUUGGACCGAGAUGUAUCUCUUUGGUGAAUGGCAUACUGUGUCUUGGUGGGUAUCUGUUGCUGUGGAGUGCUACGCUGAUGACGCCAUUUUACAGAGGACACUCAUGGUUACUGUGCCUUUACUUCUUUUUAGCAACUUAUACUGGGGUGUCAUCAUACAUAAUCUCGCUUAGCUGCAAUGUCUACAACUUCCAUCCGAAGUAUCGCGGUACAAUCAUCGGCUACCUGGAGUCAGUCUUCAGCCUUGGUACGAGUGUUUUCGUAGUAGUGUAUAGCACUUGUUUCAUCAACGGAUAUGUCAUCGACGAAGGAAAACAGGACAUUGGCGAUUUCUUUCUGAUGUUGGCAGUGUCUGGUGCUGUUGUUAAUGUGCUUUGUGCAAUGUUCCUUGGGCAGUACCCGACCAAUACAGACUACAUGUACGACCAGCUCGAUGGGACAGACUCCAGCUGCCUGAAGGAAGAUUUUGAACAGCCGGCCCCUGCUGUGCAUGGUGAAGGCAAGCAGGAAUCAAGUCUUUCUGAAGGAAUGUACGGGUCGGGCUACGGUGCAGAAACUCAAAGGUCGGACUUAGCGGUAGGAACGUUGAAGUCAGACCACGGUCAAUUAACAGAAAAGUCGGGUCCUGAUGCAGGACCGAAGGAGUCGGACAUAUCUGCAUCAGGGGAUCAGUCAGAAUUGGGGCUCGAUGGUCCUGAGCAUAUUGUAGACAUCACCGGAAUAGCCUUGCUCAAAACUCUAGAUUUUCAGUUACUCUUCUGGUGUGCACUAUUUUCUUCUUGGGUGGUUAACAUGCUUCUGAUGAACAUAAAUGUGUACUUGAAAUCCUUCAACUUUGAGAUGUACAGUAUAUCAUUCAAUGUUCUCCUGCCGGUCAUUGCAACCAUCAGCAAGGUUUCAGCUGGCUUACUAUCAGAUCUGAUACUCUACGCAGUGCCAAGAGCGGUGGUGUUCCAGUUGAUUCACGAAGUCGACCAGUCUGAUAAGCUGGUCGAGGUUGUGUAA